AUGCGCUCUUCGUUCUUCGCGUCUGCGCUCGUCGCCGCCAUCCCGGCGACCGCCUUGACCCGCUCGCCACAGCCGGCCUUGACCAACGGCCAAUAUGUUGUUGGUGGUUAUGCGUAUACCAACCGGGCCAUCUUUGACUUCGCCGGCAGAACCUCCCUCCCCGAGGGUCUGUAUGCGAGCACUUGGCCUAUCGGUGACACUCACAAGUACGACGCCUCCAACGUUGUUGUUGGAGGCGGCUACCUGAACUUGAAGGUCCCCGGCGGUCAGACUGCAAAGCCUUACAGCUCCGCCGAAGUCUCGACGACGUUUUCAAACAUCAAGUACGCUUCCGUUCGCACUGUCGCCAUCCUCAGCGAACCGGCGGGCGUCUGCAAUGGCGCGUUCUUCUACAAGAACGAGACCCAAGAGACUGAUAUUGAGUGGCUGUCCGACCCCGCCUCCCUCAGCAACCAGGGAACUCGGAAGCUCUGGUUCACCAACCAGGACGCCGACCUCAACGGCAUCAAGACCUACAACGCCGUGACGCCCCCUUCCAACCCCACCACAACCGAGCACGAAUAUCGUCUUGACUGGACCCCCGGCCGCGUCCGUUGGUUCGUCGACGGCGUCGAAAUCUGGACCACCACCGGCGAUGUUCCCAGCACCACCGGCCCCUGGGUCUUCAACAACUGGUCCAACGGCGACAAGGGCUGGAGUGCCGGACCCCCCGCCACCCAGGCCGACUUCAAAAUCAAGGACAUUUACAUGUACUACAACACCGCUGCUGCGUGA